CUUUGUUUAACCAAGCGGUUCGUCAUCCGGAGUUAACUUGGAUGCAGUACGCUGUUGUUCGUUCUCUGUUAUUCUCCAUCACCUUCUUCCUGUGUGCCACUUUGGGAGCACAAUCAAACACAAAUUUGUACGAAGCAAUUAGGAAUAAUGCUAAUACGAGUAAAUUCGCUGACUGGAUUGAUGACUCAGAGAUGAAGGAGGUGUUCGUCAAAGAAGCCUGCAAUGGAAUCAGAGGGUGUCUUACCGUCUUCAUUCCAAAUAAUCUCGCCGUAGAGGCCAUCACCAGUACACUGAACUGGCAAAGCCUCCCACUGACGAAGAAGAAGUAUAUCGUCAGUGGCCACAUUUUUGAUGGCUCAAAAUCUCUCACAGCAGCUGAAUGGGCUCAAACAGGAACUUCCAUGGACUUACGUGACGUGGGCUUCGGUACUGGCCGGAAAACAACCUUCCAGAUGUACAACAUAAGAUACGCUUUUGAAACCGAGGUUAACAAGACGACCCAAUAUUACGUCAAUCAAGCGCGCUUAAUUCCACCUGAGAUUCAAACCAGCAACGGCGUGAUUCACAUCAUCGACACCGUGCUCAAUACACCUUCCUCAAUAACUCCUUUCCUCAAUUAUUUGAUGGAACAAGAUGAUCUGAAGACAAGCGCAGAACUCUGGUUUCAGCUACAAAACGAUCCCCGAUACGCGCCGUUCCUGAAUCAGCAAUACAGACAAAAGGAGCAGUAUGCCACCUACCUUUUGGCGACCGAUGCUGCUUGGUCAAAGGUGCCAUCAAUUCAGUUGCAAAACUUAAAAGCAAAUACAACUCUACUUGCAGAAGUCCUUUCAUACGGUUAUCUGCCAAACCAAUUGGUUUACUCAAAAUGGACAGAUGUGAUGCCAAAAAUUCAGCUCCAAAGUGGCUUCCCAGCCGAAAAUUUUGCAUCUGGUUCCAACCAGCUACGGUCUGCAAUGCUUCUACGUUCCGCUGACGACGGACUGACCUAUCAAACAAAUGAUGGAUACUCAACGCAGCUGACGAGUGUUGGAGAGGAUAUCUGGCUAGCCGUGGUUCACAAAACUAACUCUGUCCUUGGCUUUGUCUGGGAAACGCGUGAACAAUUGUUGCGUGGAAUCAGCGAGACGUUUUUGCAAGAAUGCCGGGCGGACAGCAUCUGCAAUGGUUUACUCAUGUCAGACUCCCAACUGACAUUUUUGGUUCCCAACGAUUCCGGAAUGGCGCGCUUCAGUUCACUCCCUACAACACUGAAGGCGACCUAUUUAAAGUAUAUGGUCCUAAAUGGCCGUAUCACUGCGGAACAAAUGAACCCUAUGUAUGCAAUAGAAGUGGACGGUCUUCCGGGGGCCAUUCGUUUUCGUAUCGAACCUCAGGAUUUAUUUGUUGAAGCACGUCUGCCCAAAGCAGGCUACGUGGCCACCAGAAUUCUUCAAAUAAAUCGGUUGGCAGUUAAUGGGGUCGUUCAUUUGGUUGACGGCGUUCCUGGACUACCUCUACAAACGGUGGAACAAUAUGUGGCCUCCACCCCUGAGUACUCAAAGUUUAGCGCCUAUCGUUCUGCAGAAGCUAGCUUACCCGGAGGACCAUACCUCUAUCUUGUUCCUACUAAUCAAGCAAUGGAAGUCAUGGAAAUGGAUACUGACGUUGGUGCUGUGCUGCUGGGAAACGCAGUGAGAAGAGCAUACAUAUUCCGACGACAUAGUCUUCCGAUAACUGCACUAUUCGAAGACUUGGCUCCCGGAAAGUAUAAAGCGCCAACAGCGAACUACGCCUUUACUGGGGAAGAGAUUGACUUGGAUCUCAAAGCUGUGAACAGUUAUCAACGAGUGACGACAAUCAAAUUCCAUGAUCAGUCAACAGUUGUCACUACCACAGAAGGCGCUUACCAAUUCACAGAUGGCGUGGUUUACCGCCUGAACAAAAUAUUGUACGUCAGCAGCGACCUGACGUCAGAUUUAUGUACCAAUCCGGCGUGUCCAUGA